UUAACACAGGCAUUUUUAUAUGAUGACAAAGGAGCUUGCUUGGAAGGUCUGUUUCUGAAGUGCCUUGAGGUGAAACCUGGAGAUGAUUUAGAAAGUGAUCGCUACUUAAUCACCAUUGAGGAGGUGAAGGUUGCUGGACACGUAGCUGCUGGACAGGAAGUCAUUGGAGAAGCACCAGGACGGAGUUCCAGGAGCGUUCCUGGGCAGUCUGGGGGGUGUCAGCCCCCUGGCCUAAAGCGGAAAUUUACUGGUUUUCAAGGACCACGUCAAGUUCCAAAGAAAAUGGUUGUUAUAGAAAAUGGGGACUCAUCUGCAUCCUUUGAGUCUGGUGCUGCUUUUUUCCCCCCAUCCUACAGCAUGCCACCUUUGUUUCCUACUGUGGGGAGGAAGGAGAUAAAUAACACAGAUACAGCCCCCGACAGCACUGUUGCUACCCAGACCAGAGCCAGCCAGGGCCUAUGUUCUUCUACUCCCUCUGAGCUGAGCCCUGGAAUGCUGGGAAAAAAGGAUGCUUCCUGUGUUCCUUUGGGCCCUGGACACUGGCAUGCAGCCUCUGCACUGGCGAUGGAGCCCAUGAGAAGACACAGCUUGGUGUCUCACUGCCCAACAGCCUCGAAGCAGCACAUCAGAAGCCAGGAGCAGAUCUUAGCUCUUCUGAAGUCUACAUCGGUGACUACGUGUGUGCAUCAGGAUUCUGAGCCGGCAGAAUGCUUUGGGCAGCUGCAGACCCCCGCUGUGUACAGAGCUGGCUCAGAAGGUUGCGUUGAGGUAAUGGACACAGAGCGGCUCCACAGCCCGAGGCACUUGGAAAACACUGCGGGAGGCAGAAGCCUCUGGGCCAUGUAUUUAUCCCCACAGGACUUUGCAGCAGCUUCUGCCGAGGGUGCAGAGGACGUGGCAAGGCAAGCAGCAGUGCAGGAAAAUGACAUGCAUUUGGAUCUGGACCUUUUGGAACAAAAAAGAGUGCAGGCCUUUGGAGCAUGUGCUGAAAAGGGCAAAGAGCAGUAUGAAGACAAGGCAGGGGACAAUAAUGGAUGUUGGCAUCAGGAAGAAAAACUGGAAAUGACUUCAUUUUGUGGAAGCAGCAGCUUGCUGUUGAGCAGUGCAGGACAGGGUGGGCUGCUCUCAGAAGCUUCUGUUGUUGGAAAUAACAGUGUACUUUUUAGUGGGCAGGACCAAGGGUGCACAGGAGAAGCUGUGUGGGCCGUCAGUGCACGUGCAUCCCCAGGACAGGAGUGUCCACGCACAGUGCAGUCUCCACCAACUGUGGGACGGUGGUGGUCCAAGUCUUCUCUGAGUCAGGAUUCUAGGACCCCUGAUGACAUCGAGGACACAGUUUCUGAAAGUGAUGCUGCCAGUGAGAGGCCGGAGGGUGUUCCAGAAUCUGGAGGGAAUGAGACACAGCCAUAUUUGGAGGUGACGUUUAACCUGAGCAAUUUUGAGACCAGUGAUGUGGAGGAGGAAUCACAGGAAGGCAGCAGCCUCUCCCAGAAUGUAGGGUGCUUGGAAAGGGAGAUUUCGGAUAAUGGCAGUUUCUGUGUUCAGAAGCCACACAAGGGUUUAAGCUGUCAAGACAUUAGCAGUGAACGUUUGCCAUGCUUAAUGUCCCUUGGUGACAAGUGGACAGAAAAUUGUCCUGUUAAAGAAUCACUGUCACAGUUUUGUGAUAAAACUUGUGUGGGUAUUGACCCAGGACCUUGUGAAGAUGGAGAGGAGGAAGAUAGUGACACUGUCAGCAGUUCUGACCCAUCUGCAGCAGAGAGCACUGACGGAUGUGUACAGAGCUCAGAAGAUGCUUACAGGUCUCUCCAAAAUGUCACAAGUCACUCAGAUUUUGCCUCACUCUCAAAUAAAUCUAAAGGAACAGGUGCAGAUUUACAUAUUCCUGACUUUUUAAACAUAGUCAGUAGUCAGACUCCUAAAAACAAGGAUUUAUUUUCCCCCAUACAACCUAGGCCUUUUAUUUUAGGAAGUGACUUAAAUAAAGAUACUAAGCAGGUUUCCCCACCAGCCUCUGACUGUGACAACAGUAUCCAACUACUGGACAGCCUUCAGGAUCACUCAGAACAUACUGCACUUGGUAAGUCCAGUUCCCAAGCUUGCAACUCUUUGCUUAACCUUCAGGAAACAAAGCAACCUCUUUACAGAGAGACUGAAGGGUAUGUUCCUGAAUGUGACGAUUUGGAGAGGGGUCGAAGUUUAUCCUGGGACUAUAUCGAAAUAGAAACUGCUGGAAACAGCACCCAGUCCUGGAGUAAUCCUAGCAAUUCUUCAGAACUCUCUGGAGGGGUCAAUAACAUUUCCCUUUUGAAGUCACUGUCUGAACACAGUACUGCUGUAGAAAGUGUGGAUGUGCUGAAAUGGCAGAAUAUGGGGUUUCCGCAUCGAGGAGCUCCACAGUUGGAAGGGGCAGAGGACAGGACCGGAGUUAGGAAACCAUUUAUUAGGAUACCAUUUACUCCUCAUCUGAAGCAGGAUUCUCAACAGAUCCUAGAAGAAAAUGAAGUUGAGCCAAAUAAACAUCUUCGGACUCCACAGCCUGUUGAGUUUCAAGGCCACCAAGUGACAGGCUCUGCUCGGAGUAGUGUGAUGGUCAGAGGACCCAGCUUGCAGCCAAGAUGUGAUCCAUUUCUGGGAAGCACUGACCACAAAACUCUCCUGGUAGAUGAACAUCUCCUGCUGCCAGAGCUCCCUGGUGUGUGGGUGGAGACAGAGCCCUCACAGGUGUCCUCCCCAGAACAGAGGAUCUCUACGUUGAGCCCUGUUGCUGCUUUUUCUUUGGACUCGAAGCAUGACGACUUCAUGGUGGAAUUCUCUGAAGAGUCCCUGGGAGCAAGAACACUACCUGGAAUGAAAAGAUUUAGUUCUCUGGAGAAGAAGAGCUUGCAGAGUCUCCAGUUGGAGUCUCCCUUCUCUACUUCGCCACCUGCUGAGGGGCCGUGUGAUGCUGCUCUGUCCUGGGCGGGGAGCCGAACCACCCCCCAAGAACCCACUGGGUCCCCCAAGGACGUGGACCCCAGAGCUCCUUGCGGAGCAGCUUCCUUUCCCGCAGAAUCCAGGGGCAUCAUAGAGCUUGGGAACAGAUCCCCGCAGAGCAAGUGGCUGAAGUACCAGAGCCUGACCCUGCGCACUUUGCCUGCCAGGGAUGAUGGGGAUCAGAACACCCUCGGAGUGGCUGUGACCCGGGGUGCAGGUGACGCCGGACUUCCGGGCUCCUCAAACCCAGUGCGCAUGGGGAUGCUCAGGGCUGCGCUGCACGGGCCCCGAGCCCAAGAUUCCUGGCAGGGAGCCACUUGCCCAAACCCAGGGCUGACACCCAGGAUGCAGCACACAAGGAGAGAGUCGGGAAGACCUGGCUUUGGGGCGCAGGGCUCACAGGAGAUAAGCAGCUCUGAGUUGUGCUUCCCAAGCAGGCAGAAGCUAGAAUCGCCUCUUCCACAGCGGCAGACCCGCGUGCCUGCAGCGUUUCAGUCCCCAGCACACUACCGGCAGACCUUCAUGUCAUGUAUCACAGAACAUCUGAACAUACUGCUGUUUGGAUUGGCACAGCGGCUGCACAGAGCUCUUUCGAAGGUUGACAUAAAAUUUUACACAUCCUCCAAAGAAGAGAUACCAAAGAACACAGAAAGUAGCUUGCUGUGCUGCCACCACAGGCAGCCUGCGACCCUGAUCAUGGCUAAGAAGGAGGGGCCGAAUAAGGGUCGUCUCUUUUAUGCAUGUGACAGACCCAAAGCUGAGCAGUGUAAGUUUUUCAAGUGGCUGGAGGAGGUGACACCCAGCAGGGCAACACCAGAAGUGUCUACACCUAGUAUGGUUCUGAGCAACCUGAAGAGCCUCGGCUUGUUCCUGCGAGGUCAGAGGAUCCCAAUCUACGAGGAGUGCCAGCUUCUGGUCAGAAAAGGAUUUGAUUUUCAGAGAAAACAGUAUGGCAAACUAAAGAAGUUUACUACUGCAAAUCCUGAAUGUUACAGUGAACCCAAAAGCAAGCUUUAUCUUAAGCUGAGUCGGAAAGAAAAUUCUUCAGUCUAUAGCAAAGAUGAUCUCUGGGUGAUUUCGAAAACCUUGGACUUCUCACUGGACACGUUCAUUGCGUGCAGCGCUUUCUUUGGUCCGUCCUCUGCCAAUGAAGUGGAGCUUCUACCUCUGAAGGGUUACUUUCCUUCCUGCUGGCCUGCUAACGUUGUGGUCCACGCGCUGUUGGUUUGUAAUGCCAGCAGCGAGCUGACGGCGCUGAAAAACAUCCAGGAACACUUUCACCCUGGAACGCUGCCCCUCACGCCGCACCUGUUAGCCAUGUCUGCAGCCCCGACAGCUUGCAACAAGAGCGCUGAUAAACGAAAGUUCACCCCACCAGCCUUUGCCAGCUCACGCAUGGCCCGGGUACAGGAGCCAGAGCGGGAGUGGGCACUACAUCUGGCCGGUGAGCUGGGCCGGGUGCAUGGACUGAAUGAAGACCAGGCCGCGGCCCUGAGCCAGGUGGCCCACAUGCUGGCGGCUCCCGGUGGUGCCGAUGGUGCCUCCAGCCUCCCUAUCACCCUCAUCCACGGUGUUUUUGGUGCAGGCAAGAGCUAUUUGCUGGCAGUGGUGGUUUUGUUCUUUGUUCACCUGUUUGAAAAGAGUAAUGCUUCUGCAGAAGGAAACACACGGCCAUGGAAACUUCUUAUUUCCUCCUCCACCAAUGUUGCUGUGGACAGAGUACUUCUGGGGCUUCUCAGUCUUGGAUUUGAAAAGUUUGUCAGGGUUGGAAGUGUCAGGAAGAUAGCCAAGCCGAUUUUGCCAUACAGCCUGCACGCAGGUGCAGAGAAUGAAAAUGAGCAGUUGAAGGAGCUCCAUGCGCUCAUGAAAGAGGACCUGACUCCUGCAGAGAGAGUGUGUGUGAGGAGGAGCAUUGAGCAGCACAAGCUGGGCACCACCAGGACCCUGCUGAGGCAGGUCCUUGUGGUUGGCGUGACCUGUGCAGCCUGCCCGUUCCCCUGCAUGAGCGACCUGAAGUUCCCGGUGGUUGUGCUGGAUGAGUGCAGUCAGAUGACCGAGCCCACUUCCCUGCUUCCCAUCGCAAGGUUUGAGUGUGAGAAGCUGAUCCUUGUUGGAGACCCCAAACAGCUGCCUCCUACCAUUCAGGGUUCCGAGGCAGCUCAUGCAAGUGGGUUGGAACAGACUCUUUUCGAUCGGCUUUGCUUAAUGGGUCACAAGCCAGUCCCACUGAGAACCCAGUACCGCUGUCACCCCGCCAUCAGUGCUAUUGCUAAUGAUCUGUUCUAUGGAGGAAGCCUGAGGGACGGUGUGUCGGAAGUGGAGAGGGGCCCGUUACUGCACUGGCUGCCCACCCUGUGUUUCUAUAAUGUCAUGGGCCAAGAGCAGAUUGAAAGAGGUAACAGCUUUCAUAAUGUGGCCGAAGCUUCCUUUACACUCAAGCUGAUCCAAUCACUGAUCGCAAGUGGCAUCUCGGGCUCUAUGAUUGGGGUGAUAACAUUGUACAAAUCCCAGAUGUACAAGCUCUGUCACUCCCUGAGUGUGGGGGACUUUGGCCACCCUGAUCUGAAAACUGUGCAGGUGUCCACAGUGGAUGCUUUCCAAGGCGCAGAAAAGGAGAUCGUUAUUCUGUCCUGCGUCAGGACAAGACAUGUAGGGUUCAUUGACUCAGAAACGCGAGUAAAUGUUGCAUUGACCCGAGGCCGGAGGCAUCUGCUGAUUGUGGGAAAUUUAGCCUGUCUGAGGAAAAAUGGACUGUGGGGACGAGUGAUCCAGCACUGCGAAGGAAGGGAAGAUGGACUGCAGCAGGCCAGCCAGUGUGAGCCACAGCUGAACCGUCUCCUUAAGGAUUAUUUUGAAAAACAAGCAGAAGAAAAGCAAAAGAAAAAGAAUGAAAAAGAAAAAUCUAAAGAGAAAUCUCAUUCACAAAAUGACAUGGAAUAGGAAUUUAUUUGUGUAAUUCAGAUUUACUUUAUGUAUUUUGUAAUAUUUUUAUUACCAUAAAACAGUUG